UAUUCUCCUUAGCUUGCAAACUCUUUCGGUUUGUCUUCAUACUAUGAGCAAGAUAUUGUUUUUUGAACAAAAAGUUGAAGUUUUGGAUCGGAAACUAGCAAGAAACUCUGUGGAAGUAAAUGCUUAUUAGCUAGCUUAUGUUUAUUGUCUAUGCAAAGAGGAUUGUGAAUGCAUGGGUUCAAAUAGUAAGCUUUUCGGCUGGAUGCAUGGCAAGUUCAAUGGAAGAUCACAAAGCAACAAUACUAGUAGUACAAAGGUUCAUGCAUCUAACAAAAAUCAAACUCCACAAUUAGGAGCUCAGAAAGAGGAGUUUAGUGAUUGGCCUCAAGGAUUUCUAUCAAUCGGUACACUUUUUAAUAAAUCAACAAAAGAUGAUAAUAUUAAAGAGAAUUCUCCUCCAUCAUCUCAAAACCCUAUACUUGACUUCACAUUGGAAGAGGUUAAAGAGCUUCAAAAGGAGUUGAACGCGUUAAUGUCCUCAAAUGAUCUCAAUUGUUUAUCGAGUUUAGAUGCUAAUAGGAAAGAGGACGACGAAGAAGAGGAUGAUGAAGACGAAGACCAAUCGGACUAUCAACAUGAUGAUACAAUGGUCUUGUCUAACAACAAUAAAGCCAAAGAUGUGUACUUGGACUACAAUGGUAGUAAACUUAUUGGUAAAAAGUCAUUGAAAUUCCUCCUUAAGAAGGCGUUCAUUUGUGGUGUUGGAGGGAUGGGGCCAACACGUAGUCUAAAAGAUCCAACUCUUACGGUCCCUAAGUCGAGAAUUAGUAAGAUCUUGAGAGCAAUGCUUCGAAAGAAGAUAUAUCCCCAAACUUCUUGUCCAAAUAUGUCAAAAAAGAGGUAUUUGGGGAAUGUACAAACAGAAAGUUGCAACUAUGAUGAUGAUGAAGAUGAACUUGACAUCGAAAGAGAGAACAGAAUCAAGUGGGACAAAAGUGAUACAGAAUUUAUUGUUCUAGAAAUUUAACCUAUUCAUAGCAUGAAAGGCGAUUCUUAAGUUUUCAUCAAAUGGCUGAUCAAUUGAUUCUAUUCGAAGAGACCUUAUACCAAAAGAAAAUGCAACAUCUUUUGGUUCUUUCAUUCAUAUGCAGAGAUGAAAUUUGGUCAUUUUAUCUUGGUUUAUGAAGCAUCAUUUUGACCAUGGGAUUGAUAUAUAUAUGUACAAGAAGGAUUUUUUUUUUUUUUUUUUUUUUUUUGUUUUAGGACGGGGCUGUUCAAGAGCAAAUAAGGUGUAUUCUUGUAUAUGAAUUAUUAUUAAACUCGAUCUAUUCUUAUCAAAUAUUACAUGGGAAAUUGAGUAUUGUAAAAUAAUGCAAACAAUUGUACUGUAUUUCUAAACUUGAAUGAGUUGAACCUCUCAAGGUAAUAAUAACUAGUAUGUAGUGUAAUGAUUGAGUGACUAAUUCUAAAUUUUUAAGUUGAAUCUUUUUUACUACCUCCGCUUCAUAUUACUCGCAACAUUUGUCAAAAAUGGCCGCUUUACAUUACUCGCAACAAAUAUUUUCUUACCAAUAAGUUUUUGGCUGCGAAAUGACAUUUUACCUUUACUGUUUUUUUUAAAACAUCCUAAUUAAACUAUGAAUAUGUUCUUAUUACAUUAAACCCUAAGGUUAAUUAAUUUCACCUUACCACCAAAUUCAUUUCCCUCCUCCAUCUACAUUCAACAUCUUCCUUCAUAAGUUUUCUCUCUCUUCCUUCAUAAUUCAACAUCUACAUUCAACCACCACCUUCAAUGGCAACCACCACCAUCACCACCACCACUACCACCGAUCACUACCACCAUCAUCUUCAAUGGCAACCACCACCUUCAUCGCCGCCUCUAUUUUCUCUCUCUUCCUUUGCUUUUUGUUUCCUCAUUGCUGAUGAAACCCAAAUUCGAAGGUUUUAUAGUCAUAUUUAACCAUCAAAACUCUAGAUCUAGAGUUUUGAUGGUUAAAUUUGACCAAUUAAAGCUUUAAUUGAUGAUAGAGAAGGAUUUGUGGGUUUGUGGUUGGUUUGUUCGUGGUUGCUGGGUUCGUGGGUGCGGUGGCAUCGUGGGUUCGUGAGUUUGAUUGAGGGUUCGGUUUUGGUUUCGAUUGUGGGUUUGGUUUUGGUUUCGAUUGUGGGUUUGAUUGAUCUUCUGGGUUCGAUUGUUUGUUCUGGGUUUUGAUUGUGCAGGGUGGUACGGUGGGUUGUUGCGGCUAGGUUUGUGGUAGUGCUGGGUGCGUCGGUGGUGCUGGGUUCGUGGGGUUCGAUGCUGGGUGGUGGUGGUGGGUGGUGGUUUC